AUGGAGGCAACCGACGCGUCGCCGCUGGAGGUCUCGCCACGGGCGGCGGGGAGCUGGCGGCGGACAUCGUCGAGGCCGUGGAGCCGGAGCAGCAGCAUCGGGCGUAGCGGCAGCAGCAGCGGGGGCAGCGGCAGCAUCGAGUACACGAGCCUCCGCGAUGUGCUGGAGGAGGAGGAACAUCAGUGCGGCGGCGGAGGCGGAGGCGGCGAGUGCGGGGCCGGCGGCGGCGGGUGCGGCGAGCAUCAGCACCACCAGCAGCAGCCGUGGCGCUGGGGCAGCAGCUGGGGCGAGUACUCGUGCCACGACAUCCACGACUUCGACGCGUCCAACAUCGGCAUCCGGAACCAGCUGCUGAAGCACGCGGCGUCGGCGUACCUGCAGUCGGCCGUGGUGGUGGCGGCGGGGCGCGACCAGGGCUGCUGCCUCGCCCGCCUCUGGCGCCGGGUGCAGCUCCGCGGCGGCUGCGCAGGCGGGCGGCGCGGCCGGGGCGGCCGCGGCCGCGUGCUCAUGCGCGCAUGCUCGUGGCAGGGCUGCGUCGACGACCCCGCCGCGUUCGUGGCGACCUGCGCACGCGGCCUCGCCACGUUCGUCGCCGACCGCGUCAGUGCCAUCUGGGCGUGGUAG